UCAAAACGCAUACUAAAAACGUUACUCAAAUCGCUGAUCAUAACGGUUAAAUCCUUUUUCUCUUUGAACUCGAUCUUAAUUAGAUUUUAAGCUUUUAAAAGAACAAUCUUUGCGUAAUUUUGUUAAUGAGUAUGGAGACGAAGGCGCCGGCGAGGACGACCCUGUUAAAGCAGUCGUCGUUAGCUCCGGAUCGGCAGCGGAAGGAGGCGGAGCUGAUUGACGGCGAAGACGACGGCGGGAACAUCAAGCCGGAGGUGAGUUUGAUGUACUUGGCCAAUGAGCGUGACUUGGAAGGCAUCAACGAGCUCUUAGAUUCCGGCAUCGAUGUAAAUUUUCGUGAUAUUGAUGACCGUACGGCUCUCCACGUGGCGGCGUGCCAGGGCUUCACAGAGGUUGUCGAAUUGUUGCUCCAACGUGGUGCUGACGUGGACCCCAAAGAUCGUUGGGGCAGCUCGCCCCUUUCAGAUGCUAUAUAUUAUAAAAACCAUGAUGUGAUUCAACUUUUGGAGAAGCAUGGAGCAAAACCUCUGAUGGCUCCAAUGCAUGUCAAUCACGCCCGUGAAGUUCCGGAGUACGAAAUUGAUGCUCAUGAACUUGAUUUUACGAAUAGUGUUGAUAUUACUAAGGGGACUUUCCGUAUGGCAUCAUGGCGUGGAAUUCAAGUUGCUGUAAAAAGGCUCCCAGAGGAAGUGAUUACUGAUGAAGAUAAAGUGAGGGCAUUUAGGGAUGAGCUUGCAUUGCUUCAAAAGAUUCGACAUCCAAAUGUAGUCCAAUUUCUGGGUGCUGUAACACAAAGUAGUCCAAUGAUGAUUGUGACAGAAUAUUUACCUAAGGGAGAUCUUCGUGCAUUCUUGAAAAGAAAAGGAGCACUGAAACAAUCGAUAGCUGUGAGAUUCGCACUUGAUAUUGCAAGGGGAAUGAAUUAUUUGCAUGAGAAUAAACCAGCACCAAUUAUUCACCGUGAUCUUGAACCUUCAAAUAUAUUGCGGGAUGAUUCUGGACAUCUGAAAGUUGCAGACUUUGGAGUUAGCAAGUUGCUUACAGUCAAAGAAGAUAGACCCCUAAUUUGUGAAGACGCUUCGUGUCGGUACGUGGCUCCAGAGGUUUUCAGAAAUGAAGAGUAUGAUACCAAAGUAGAUGUAUUCUCAUUUGCUUUAAUUUUACAGGAGAUGAUUGAAGGUUACCCGCCGUUUUGCAUGAAGCAAGAUGAUGAAGUACCUAAAGCAUAUGUUGCUAGAGAGCGUCCACCUUUUAAAGCUCCUGCAAAGCGUUAUGCACAUGGACUUAAAGAGUAAGUUCUACAUAUAUUGUUAGAUGCACAUUCUAAGUUGUACUUAAUAC